UCGGGUCUGGAGAAGAAAGACGGCGAUGUGACUUAACCACUUGCCCUGGCCAUUCAGCAGAAAGUUAUUUGCAGUAGAAGUAUUGCCUUAGACAGGGUGAACCAUUCACACUCAAAUCUCUAACAUGGUGCGAGGCUACUUCCAUCAACUAACAGACUAAGGUGUGUGAAAACAUUUCUUAAGAUAAUUAUUCUGGUUGAAUCGCGUAGAUGCAAGCUGACCAGGCAUACAAAUGUAACUUAGAAAGAUUAACCCGCGCCUGAGUUAUGAUGUCACAAUAGGCAGGCCCCGCAAUUAUAUUUACAGAGAAAUUUGUUUGCUAUUAGGCAGGCCGCAGGAACACGGGGUGGUGUGGGACUAAUCUCCACCACACCCCCAUUAAUCGCUGUAUAAAGCCGCCAAGAAUGAGAAUACUGAUUGCUUGGGCCACCCUCCCACAUGGCAGGGAAAAGGCUUUCGCCCCAAUCGUAGUCCCACCUCGGGUGGCAGUCACUGGGUCACCUGAGCUGAUAAAACUUCGCGCGGGGUGACCCGGAGAUUGCCGGGUAUGAGCGCAUUCCCUGCCGCGGCAGUCAGAGAGGCUGCGGUGAAACGGUCACCAUCCUGAAGAAAUAUUGUUUUGCCGGACCAAGAGCCUCGACUUGGCUCUGCCAGCCACUUUCAUCCACCGUCGCCAAUUUCCCGGCCGUCCUGGCCAAAGCCAGAGGGGGUAGAAGGCCGGUGGGUGGAUGGAUACCCGUCUUCGUCGACGCCCACCCGGCAGCAGACCGGAGCCAAGAGUCAGUCGGGAAGUGAGACACGGCAGAAAAGAAAGGUGCGCUCAACAGAGCCGAGGACCGCGUGAGUCGAGAGGGACGCCAGCACGCAAGACAUCCCGCCAUGCCCCGCUGUGUCCGGAAGUGAGCACCCAAGCACCCUACCAACGGGACAGUGGCCGGACAGCGCACCCGUUCACGCAGCACCGUGCAAGAGGUCACAGGUGUUUAUUGACAGCACAUUCGCUGAUCCCGUGACAAAAUGCGAGGCCAGGGGGACCCAGACUGGAAUCUCAUGGACUUCUGUGACUGCUGUGUGUGGACCACCCUUACUCUUGUGGCAAAUACACUCAGGGGGGAGCGCAGGAGUCAACCCGCUCCCUAGAUUCUUGGAUAUUGGCGAGUCGUAGGUGUGCUGUUGGAUCCCCAGACAGUUUAUCAGGGUCAUGGUUGAUAAAGACACUUGUCUGACACUCAGAACGCCGAGUGAGGGCUGGUGAGACAGACGACAGUGAACCACGUGCACAGACUUCCUGUCUGCUGACGACCACCCGGAACUAACUACCUACCUGCUGGCAACUCCCGUCACUCUACCUCAGCCGACAUGACCGACACACCCGAGGGUACAUCUCUCGAUGGGGUGGAUGAAGGUGAAGCACCGCCUGUGGACGAAGAGGAAAGGAAGCGAUUUCUUCGGGUGUUGUGCGGGUGCUUGGAUGAUUUACCUUCCCUUAGCUCCAAAAUCGUGCGAAUCUUCACGAGUUCCACCUUCACAGAUACCACACUGGAGAGAAAUAAUCUCAUGGAGAAGGUGUAUCCAAAACUGAAGGAAUUCUGUAGAGAAAAGCAUGGUCUGGAAUUUCAGGUAGUGGACAUGAGGUGGGGCGUACGUGACGAGGCGACAGAUGAUCACAUGACCACCCAACUGUGUAUGCAGGAGAUAGACAAUUGUCAGCGCCUGUCCAUGGGACCCAACUUCAUCGUGUUUCUCGGUCAGAAGUAUGGCUACCGGCCAAUCCCGACUCACAUACCUGCUGCUGAGUUCGAACUGCUUCGAGAGUGUGCGAAGAAUGUACAAGAUGAACUGGAGCUGCUCGAUGCUUGGUACAAAAAAGAUAUGAACACCGUGCCUCCUGUUUAUGUCCUGCAGCCCAUCUCUUCUAUUCUCAGCAACUUUAACAACAAGAGACAUCAGCGGUUGAUGGAGCACGACCAGAACAUGUGGUGGGACACACUGAGCCGGCUCCAGCGCAUCAUCCGCAAAUCUGCACAAGUUCUCUUCCUGGCCAAGAAGCUGGACCGUGAUCAGAUGCACAACUAUUUUAUGUCGGUAACUGAGCGCGAGGUGGAGCGAGGGAUACUCAAGGCAAAGAACACGGAGGACCACUGUCUGGCCUACAUCAGAGACAUCUCCAACAUUAACAUCACGUUGCUGCGCAUGGCGUGCAAGUUCGUCGACGUUGCUGCCAAGUCCGUCGACAACGAGGCACAAAAGCUGCUGAAGUCUCUGAGGGACGACAGGCUACCCAAGAAGCUGGUUGCGAGCAACAUCGCCCGCUUCUCCGUGGAGUGGUCGGGCAAAGAAGGCAUCGACAACGAGUCCCACCGCGAGUACUUCGACUCCUUCUGCGACAAGUUCUACACUGACGUCACGCGGCUUAUUGACCGCGCCAUGGCCAAGCACGUGAAGCUCGCCAACGACCCCGUGUACAACGAGCCGCUGCAGCACCUGCACGCAUGUCGCAACCACUGCCAAGCUUUUCAGGGUCGCGAAGACGUAGUUCAUCAGAUUCGGGACUAUGUGCUGGGAACGUGCAGAAAGCCUCUUGUCCUCUACGGGCUCAGUGGCUGUGGCAAGACGUCUCUGAUGGCCAAGGCGGCAAGCCAGGUCUCGACAUGGCUAAGUGACAAAGUUGUGAUGGCGCUCAGGUUCCUGGGUACCACGCCCGGAAGUUCCACCAUUGUGCCCAUGCUGACUAGUUUAUGCACCCAAUUAUCUGUCGUCUACGAGCAGCCAAUCGAAAACAUUCCAGAAGAACUUUGUCCUUUGAUUCAGUACUUCAAAAAGCUUCUUACAUUCCCUACAGAAGCCAAGCCUUUGGUUUUGUUCUUGGACUCCCUGGAUCAGCUUUCUGGGACAGAAGGGGCGCAUCAGUUGACCUGGUUUCCAGUUCACCUUCCGGAUUGUGUCAAGGUUAUCGCGUCCACCCUGCCAAACUAUUAUGCUCUCUUGGACACUCUCAAGUUUAUGAUCGAGGAUGAGAGCAAUUUUAUUCAGGUUUUGCCUCUAGGCGAGAACCUAAGUUCGACAAUCAUACAAGCAUGGCUCAAGAACGAGAACCGCGCCGUCACUACUGAGCAGUGGGCUAUAGUGAACGAGGCUAUCUCUAAGUGCAGUUUCCCGCUAUUCGUCAAGCUCGUCUUUGACGAGAUCUGCCGGUGGAGGUCGUACACCAAGCCGUCGCAGACCGUGCUGGCCUUCACCAUCCACGAGACGAUCCUCAGACUAUUUGAGCGAAUAGAACUGCAGCACGGCAGGACGCUGGUGGCGCACGCUCUGGGGUACAUCACGGCCUCCAAGGAUGGCGUGUCGGAGCCGGAGCUGGAGGACCUGCUGUCUCUGGACGACAAGGUGCUCAACGACGUGUACCAGUAUCACCUGCCCCCCGUGCGCCGCAUCCCUCCUCUGCUCUGGACCCGCAUCCGCAACGACCUGCCCAAGUACCUCAGUGAGCGGGAAGCCGGCGGGGUCAAUGUCAUCGGAUGGUAUCAUCGCCAGUUUAUCGACGCCGCCAGAGAGCGCUACUUCAGGAACCUCAACUUUGCCAGCGGCAUCCACUCCAACAUCAGCGAGUAUUUCCUGGGCCUGUGGGGAGGAGGCUCUCCAAAACCGUUUGAGUACUCUGAGCUUCAGCGACAGCGAUUCCACCUGAUAGACACGAAGGGUGAAGAGGAUCGAAAGGUUCCUCCUCAACCAGUGGAGUUUCUGGACCCUGAGGGGCGAGUUAUCCGGUACAACCUGAGAAAACUGAGUGAAAUGCCAUACCACCUCACUCGCUCGCAUCGAUACGAGGACUUGUACGAAAAGGUGGUGUUUAACUACGAGUGGAUACAUGCCAAACUGGCCUCCAUGCCCCUGCAGUCCAUGUUGGGUGACUUCGAGGACAUGCUGGAGCACGUGUACGACAAGGACGUUCGCCUCAUUGCUGACGCCAUUCGCCUGUCCGGUUCCAUCCUGUCCCACUACCCGGACAUGCUGGGUCCGCAGAUCACGGGAAGACUACUGCCUUUCUAUGGGCAGAACCCGAAGAUUCGAUCCCUAAUUCAGCAGUGUGACUCCGACGGCCUACGCCACUGUGCCUUUGUAUCGGCCUACCACUGCCUUCAUACGCCUAGUGGGCCUCUGCAGUACUCCCUGGAGGGCCACCAGUUCGCACCCUUCGGGAUAGCAACGACAUCCGACGGCAACCACUUGGUGUCGGUGUCGAACAAGGUGAUAGUCUGGGACCUCAGCACCGGUGAGGUAUCUCGGACGAUCACUCCUGGUAUCGAGGGUAUUAUGCAGAACUUGUCAAUCUCCCCCAACGACAAAUACGCUGUCAGCUACACCAACAACAACCAGAUUGUCGUCGCCUCCUUGCACACUGGCGACGCCUUCGUCAUCAAGCCUGCUAUGGAUUCCGGUGAUGCCAUCAAGGGCACCAGCGUAUCCAACACUCAUGUCGUCCUCUGGAGCAACAAAGGGUGGCAGCUUUACACAGUGGAGGGAGAAUUUCAGUCUCGACACGAAUCUGAGCUGAAGAUGCCCCUCAUCGACGUGACACUUGACGACGAAGGGAAAAACUUUCUGAUAGUGAAGACCAAUGCUGAGGACGAGGAUGAUGACGGAAUGGCCUUAGAGGUGCAGGACAAGUCCAUCGAGCCGUUCGAGUUCCACAGCGCGAUCGCCAUCAGCAGAGGGCGCAAGCUGCUGUACACGUGCAUCGAGAUCAGCGACAACGACGUGGCUGUGUACAAGCGGGACGACUCUGUGUGGAAGUAUGAUAGGACUCUGGGCGACAACAAGGACCUCAUCUUCGCACUGGCUUUGUCUGAUGAUGAAACCUUCCUUGUUGCUACGGUUGCUCUUGGCUACAAAUUGUGGGACUUAAAGACCGACAAAAUGAGGGAUCUGAAACUUCCAUCCGGGGUGCGAAAUAUACCUACCAGGAAUCAACUCACUACGCCACUCGGUUUUACAAAGGGAAACGAGUUCUUGGUGGCGGGUGUCCGCAAGAACCUGUACGUGUGGGACGUGAAGCAGGGGAACAUGGUCAAGACGCUGGACGCUCACUUCGGUCGCAUCAUUGCACUCAGCUCCGUCACCAACAGCCGCAACGUCGUCAUCUCAUCCUCCAUGGACAAGACUAUCAACGUUUGGAACUUCGACAAGAUCCUGGAGGAGGUGCACCCUCUGGACCGCAUGGAGAAACCCAUCGAGACCGUGGCUCUGGCCCCGGAGUCGUCCCUCUGCGUCACCACCACGCGCAACAUGACGGCAGUGUGGGACCUCAGGACAGGUCGCCUGGUGAAGACGUUCGUUAGCAACUCGCGCUCGGCGAUCGUCUCUCAGGCCGUCAUCACGUGCAGCGGGCAGUACGUGCUGUCGGCGGAGCCGCCGUCGCUGCUGGUGUGGGAGAUGGGAAAGGACAUGCCGGUGCUGAGCGUGUCGCUAGGGGACAUCCAGCAGAUAAUGUUAAACGAAGACGACACCAAGGCCAUCGUGGUCAGCAAGCUACCAGGUUCAAAGGGCAAGUGCUGCUGUCUGACCGUGCCGUCUGGCGCCGAGGUCUACAAGUUCGAGUACAGCUUCAAGCGCUUUGUCACAGCAACCCUCACGCGAGACGGUUUGUUUUUGGCGGUUCCCGCCUGCGACAAGAGCGGCGAUGUGCUGGGCGUCUACCACGCGAAGACCGGCACGCUGCUGUACAACCUGCAACUGAAGUACAACAACUAUCGGGAGUACACGCAGGUAGUAGCCAUGCCGCACGACCCACACCAGGUGGCUCUGAUCGACGAAGAGAAAGGCAACAUCCUGGACCUGAAGAAAAAGACGUUGGUGAGGUCGGUGCCGCGCUGGAAUGGCGUAAGCGCUUCUAACGGCAAGAAAGGGAUCUUCGCUCCCUCUAGAGGUGGUCUGGAAAUCAUCGACCUCAAGUCCGGUAAGACGACCAAGACGCUCAUCCCGAGAAUCGCCGAGGGCGUCUUCCACGUCAAAGUCUUCUUCACCAGUAAUGACAAACACGUCAUCUAUUACCACAGCGGUCACCGCACCGUGCGCCUCUUUCGCGCCAGCGACGGCAAGAUGCUGGCCAACUACAAGGCCAGUGCCGAGGUCAGGGCCAUCGUCUGCAACAUGGAAGGCACCGCAGUCGUGCUCGGCGCCGUCGAUGGCUCACUGACCACCUUAGCUAUCGUAGAUCCCGAGGCCGAGGACCACGAAGAGCUCAUCAACAGUUUGCCCAGCCGCGCCUUGGCGGCGCCCGAUGGCAGCAAGACCCACGCCAACGGCGAGGCGCUGGGCGCCAAGCAAGUGGUCGGCACCGCGGCGCAAGCAGCAAGGUUUGUCGUAAAAACGCGCGGAACGCAGCACUCGCGAGCCUGUGUCCUAUCCUGAUCACGUGACACGUCCCCAUCCCCCCGUCCCAGCGGCCUGCACACUCAGGGACGCUAGAAACGUUUCCCGGUCGCGCCUGCGCGGUGCUAUAGUCAAUAAACUAAAGUGAAAUGUGGUUGAGGAUGCUUUUCUCACCUGGCGAUUGGCUAGGUAGUGUGUGGUGGCAAUCUCAUGUCUGCGGUCCUCACAGGUGCGCACAAGUUCAUGUCAUUGAUUACAGGUGGCUGUUAGUCUGUCUACCCUUUCCUUUGCAUAUCUUUUGUAGGCAGCAGAAUAGCAACACCCGCGAUUUUUAGCCCUUUCCCUACCUCCCACGCCAUACUGGUGGGCUGCUACCUAAAGGUUUGCUGUUUUCUAGAGUUUUUCAUUGUUUUGUUCAGCUUUUGUUUUAGUUGAUAUAUUGUAGACGCUGCUUUGACAAGAGGCAAGAGCUAUCAAAUAGUGAAACUAGUAGACAUCUGGCGUUUCUUUGAACUUUCUAGGGCUUUCCCAAAGGUAAAAGAAUCCACUAUUUGUUUAAAGCUAAACUGCAUCUGACCAGUUUCACGCAUGUGGUUAAUGAGAUUUUAUGUUUUGGGUUGAAUAUUCAAAGUGCAAGGGAAAAAAAUUCAAGACUUCUCUAACAGUUUCUUACAGCUCUAAUCUGAAACACAUAAAAUGUCUCUCCCUUAGUUUAUGUCCUUACACAAUAAACAAUAAUUUUCGAAUCAUGUCAAACAAAAGAUCAUUAGUAAUGUGGUGAGCUUUGUGAUCUGUUCGUCUGAUGACGGGAAUUGACUUUACCCAUCUUGAAAGGUCUUAAUUUCCGCCGAUCAAACAAUGUAUGCAAACAAUUUUAACAAUUUCUCCUGUUGUUCCACAGCUGACGUGUUCACUGCGGUCCUGCUCUGGGCGAGCUCGAGUGGCUCAACAUAACCUUCGUAGUCUGCAUUGUCGAAGGGAUGUAGAACAGAGUAUUCAGCAGGUCAUGGAACAAUGCACUUAGCACUUCAUGCUUCACUGACAAGACUCAGCCAAUGUCCAGUGUUUUGUGCUUUCUAUACGGCUUGUAAUCUUUGCUGAAGUGUCAUGUCAAAAAUUCAAAAUACCUUAACUGUCUUUUGUUUAUAUCCCGCUCCACACACAUGCACAAUAAUCCCAAAUAUUGUUUUAAAAAUGCGCUUGAGCAAAAGCAAGCAUUUUAUGUGUUUAUCGGGCUUAACACAGUUUAUCGGGUGUAAACAUCCGCUUAUCAUAGUUUAUCAUAUUUUUUCCUUGUGCAAACCUUUUUUUCUGAACAUUGUCGAGUGCCGCCAAUCACGUCCCCAAAGAAGGAAACGCUGGGAAACCACACUCGAACCUUGUCAAGAACAGAAUUUUUCUUUUGAAUAAAAAUAUUCCACAUAUCUUACUGCCAUGAAGUAAAUGGUACCCGGGAUAUUUAUUUCUUCUGCCAGUUUGUUCUUUGCUUUAACUAGUGGUAGUUGUUAUGUACUGUGAAACAGUAUGGACCAGCACUAGUUCAACUGUCGUCUCAGUAAAUAGCUCAGCUCUGGAAAAAAAGGUCACCUUAUCUGCUUUUGCUGUUGUAGUGUGGUUAUUUUGUUGUCAUUGACUUCGCUUGUAACUUUCUUGCUGAUGUGGAAGUUAGUCGACAUGCUCCUCAUGCUUGUACGUGGAAGGUCAGCAAAUAUACAACGCCUCUUCUUCUUCUUCUUAUCGUUCUCCUAUUUUAUUGUUAUCGCACUUGGAGGCCAGCUUUCAUGAUGAAGCUAGCAGUCAUCUGCAAACCAUCCACCUGUCCGUACAGCUGGGUGUCGAGAGGUUUCGGCGACGACCAGACCUCCGCCCUCAGUUCCUGGAGGAGCCUACACUCCUGUAGAUAUGUAAUAUACAAAGUUGAUGAAAGUGUUUUCAGUGCCCAUACUCAUAUUUUGGUUCUGCCUAAGGAAAAUCCUAAUAUUCUGUUGCAUGACACUUGAAAACAGGAGUAAGUAAAAUGUUAUUAAAAACUUUGUAGUGAAUAUACUGUCUUCGUGUUUCGUCACACCGAUGGCAAAGACAUGCCUGAUGACAGAUGGACCACAUAAAGUGAAUCUAUCAAACAGUUGUAGUGUCUGGAUUAUCCUGUAAAAUGUGUAUUUUCUCGGUGUAGUUUGGCCAAAGACGGCCAAAGUUCAUACGAUUAUGCAAUGUCUAUAGACAUAGUGAAUGAUUACUUGUGAAACUAAGACGUGCCUCUCCUGAACUUGAAAGGGGGAAGUAACACGUCUGUGAAAUGACGACAUGUGUCACUAGGUUGUGAAAGUAAGAAGUCGCAUAUUUGUGAAAUGACGACAUGUGUCACUUUGUUUUGAAAAUAAGCAGUGUCACUUUCUUACCAAACUGAACUAAGACAAAGGAUUUCUAGAGGAAAGAUGACCUAGUCCUCUCAAAAAUAUAAACAAAAUACAACUAAAAUAUUCAGAGACUGCCGCAAUAGCUAAGCCUCCCACACAUUUCAGUGCAUUUUCUUGACUUUUCUUGACCUUUCGACCCCUUUAGCACAGCUUUGUUUCUGUAUUUUUGCAGUUUUGUCCACUAAUUGAAAGUUAUAUUUUAAAUCAUUAACACAGAAAAAAAAAUGUGACAUUGCCUGAUUUCCUUGAUAAUCUACACUCAACUCGUCGCCUUUUUCAUCUACAGCCUCCUCCCUCUCCAUCCAUCAGUCCGUCCAACCUUGUCCAACAAGAUCAUCGUGAAACAAAAUCCAGAUUUCCGACCAUCAUGCACAAGCCUUAGCAUCCAAUAAAUUUGGAGAGCUUCCUGAGUAGUACUCUCGCCGCUGUCACGAUUCGAGUGCAAAACGUACACCAGCCGCAAAUCCUUCCUCGCGAAACGCACGCGCAGUCGAUGCCAGUCACGUUCCACACAAACUGUGGAAAACGUUUGCGUGACUUCUCACCAGGAGAACCGCGGUCCGCCAUUAGCCGCCAGGAACUCUCAGUAUCCGAGUGAAACCAAUAGCAAACACGGGUGGAAAUGCCACUCCGGGAAUGAAGUGAUAAUAAGGGGCAAUGCAAAUCUUCGUCCAACAUGGUCAUCUGAUAUUGCUUGUUGUUAUUUCUAACUUAUGUAUUGCAAGAUUGGUGACAGUUGGUUGCCAUGAGACACAGAGAUAGAGGAAACUUUCAGGCUGAUGAUCUCUGUCUCUAACAUAGGGUAUGCCACCUUUUCUGUCAGCUCUUCAAAGCAAAUGCGCUGGUUGCAUCCCUUAGUCCUGGUUCAUAAUCCUUGGCCUGCAUGGAUUAUCUUCUCGCAUCAAAACUAAUAUUCAGUUGAAGCCCAUCAUUCCCAUCCAAAUUAUAAUCGUCAUGACAUGCAAUAAUUUUCAGACUUGUCAACAUCGAAUGGUGACAGUAGCAGUCGAUGUGUUGUCCAUAUGUUGUCUCCAACUGGCUAUCAUAUUCAAAUACAUGUCCACUUGCUAGAUGACCGCCCGUUAGUACAGGUGCACUUGAUGGAAACGGCUUCUUCUCGCACUUGCAAGCUCUAAACAUAUUGGUGUGUCCCAAGUGGACCAAUGAUAUAGUAAUGAGUGUUUUACAUGUCCUAUGACCACACGACAUUAAAAAAUUUAAAUGGUGAAACAAUGGAACUAUCUCCCUUUCCAUAUCCGCCGCCUUCCUACAAAUAAAUCUUGUAAAUGUGCACUGAAAACACAAAUAUUCCUGAAACAUUUCUCCUAGCUCCUGUGUCAUAUCCUCUCUUCUUUUUUCGCUUAUUGCCACUUCUAUGCUCGACUUCCUUUUGCAAAAUCAUUAUACUCUCAGUCCGUGUUACUUGGUUUUUCUGCAUUUUCUUUAUUCAUUGUUUAUUCAUCGUUGGCAUUGUUGUUUAUUCUCCCGUAGUUUAUGUGUUGUUUGCUUGUUCUUCACCCCUCAUAUGUUGUCUAUGUCUCGUUCUUGUUCUAAGAGCAUGCUCCUUACGAAUGUCAGUAUGCGCUCUACAAAAUUUUGCAUUUAUUAUUAUUAUUAUUACUAUUAUAUCACUUUUAAUGAGUUUAUUCUACCGUAUAAAACUGUGGAAGUAAGUUCAUCUGUCUACCUAACCGACCGUCCUUUGACACAAGUAAAGAAAGAUUUAGCUUGGAUGUGCCGCCAACUUCUCCAUUUUUGUUUCUGAAAGAAGAAUGUCAGUUGUGUCGGCAUAGAUAAUUCUUCUCUGUCAGAUAAUCAUUUGUUUUAAUUUGUCUGAAGCAGCUUAACUAAUUCGUACAUAUAUAAGAUGAAAGAUUUUCCCCUACUCUUUGUUCCUUCCACUUUUCUUAGAGUUUUAUCAACAACAGCUUGUACAAACGCACACACAGGCAAACACACAAACCCUUUGUUUCUCAAAAAUAGAGAGAAAGUGUCGGUGCUGUAAAUGCGAACUUUCCAGAUGGUUUCCAUUAUUUUCUACUGGUUUGAUAUUCUCGAAGUGUUCAAAUUGUGUACAUCUGAUUUUUAAUUGUAAUGUUGAUUAGUUUUCAUGAAGCACUAUAAAUGAAGUUUAAAUCUCUUAAUAAAAAAAGUUACAGUAUGUUUACCAAAUUUUUUCUAAUAAUGUUAUACAUGCAUAGUAGUAUUUUCAACAUUGAGCUCCAGUAAUUAUCGGGUUCAGCGAAAGACUUUUAUUAGGGAUUAAUCGACGAUAAUAAAGCAAAGAUUAUUUCUUGGGCAGACUUCUGGCAUCAUGAGUCAGGUCUUCUUUGGUUGCAAACUCCUACAGAAGUAGUUACAUAUAUGUCAGAAGACAAGAUUGUAUUUAUGUACCUAGACAAUGUGAUAUGACUGUUUGUUGACAAUAUUUCAUGUUUGCACUUAGACGAUGCUAAAGUGAUGUCAGAUCUUUACUACUGAAACUGUUGUUGAUAGCUACACAGUUUUUUCUGUAUUGCAUAUUUUUGUCUACAGACAACUAACUUAAAAUGAUUUACAAGAUAUUGUGCAUUCACAAAGGUAUGAAACUUUUUCACUUUCAUUUGCCUUCUUCAUUUGUUUUCUGACCUCGUUCCGUCCAUGUGUAUGUAAAUACGGAGGUAAACUGUUAUCAAGUCCACCAUAAUUAUCACAGCGCAAUAUUAGAUUGUAGAAAAUGGAGGAUAUGAGACUUGAAUGUGAUUGAUGCUACUGGUGUUACACUCGACAUUCAUGUCAUCCCCCCUUUAGGUAUCCAGCUUGGUCUAGAAAUGUUUCUACUUGACUCUCUUUAAAAUGUUUCUGUGUCCCACUCGUGUUUAUCAUUCUGUUUACUUUGUGUGUAUGUGUAUUAUGUAGACAAUGUAUGAACUAUGUACGAUAUUGAAUAUGGACAUUCUUUGGUGCAUAGCAUGCAUGAUGCUUCAUGUUCCCUCACUAAACUAUUGUCCACCUGAGUAAUUGUGAGCAGUUAGAGAAACAUGCAAAGCACAAGCUUCCUGAAGAAAUGUUUUCGUAAUUAGCAAAAGGCAAUAACUCUGUAACUGAUGUAUGUCUUCGUAAUAAGUUGACUGCAUUUUUGCAAGUGCAAAAUAACUUUGUGGGAAUUUGACAACUACCGUAUUAUAUAUACUACUUGUGAUUAUGAGAAUGCACUCAUAACGGUAAAUAAAUUAGA